GGGGACCUGUUGUGAAACGGUUCCCCUUCGUUUCUGGCGAUUUAACUUCAGAGAGGGAUUUACUUUGGACCUCUCACAAAGAGAGAUAUGCAUCUCAAUUAGCUCUUUAUUCAGCACUUGCUGAACGAGUGGAGAUAUGUCCGCGCAAGGCUUGUUCAGUAGUGUUUUCUCAUGCUCACCAAGCUCCAAAACUGCCUCCAAACGCAAACUGAGGCAGACGAGAAGCCUGGACCCGGCGUUAAUGCGACAUUAUGGCACCGACGCGGAGGACACAUCGGAAAAGGGUGACUUCACCUGGAACAGCGUGUCAGGGCGGAGUGUUGGCCUGAAGCCUGUCCCCCUGCAAUGCCUCUCAGAGCUGGAGCGUGUUCGCCUACGGGAUGUGGCCUUCAGCCGAUUGCUCCAGGAGUGCGACCUGGGCUGCCAGAUCACCAUCCCUAAAUAUGGCCAAAAGCAUAAGAAGUCGCUAAGGAGAAAGUUGGAUUCAUUAUCUAAGGAGAAGAGCAAAGACAAAGACACUCUGCCUCAGGCGUUUGGCAUACCGCUAUCGCAGGUCAUAUCCAAUGACCGUGCACACAAGCAGCGGCAUGAUCCCCAGCGGGAGGAGCACAGGGACCCCAGUGAUCUGAUGCUAUCCUUCCUCCAACUCACUGCCAACUCCAAAAGGGCCAACAAAGAGCUCUCCAGCAGCAACUCCUCCCUGAGCUCCACCUCGGAGACGCCUAAUGAAUCACCUCUGUGGAGCACACCCGAGGUUGCACCACGGACACACAGGAGGGGCGGAGUGUCUGUGGAUUGCAUCACUGACCUCGAUGAUAACCAGUCUCGGCUCCUGGAGGCCCUCCAGCUGUCUCUGCCUGUGGAGGCGGCCAGUGGCAGGAAGAAACACCACGACAAAAAGCUGAGCCUUAACCCUAUUUACAGACAGGUGCCCAGAGUAGUGGAUAGCUGCUGCCAGCACCUGGAAAAAUAUGGUCUACACACUGUCGGCAUUUUCCGUGUUGGGAGCUCUAAGAAGAGAGUUCGUCAGCUUCGUGAAGAGUUUGACCAGGGAAUGGAGGUACCGCUGGAUGAGGAGCACAGUGUCCAUGAUGUAGCCGCAUUGCUAAAAGAGUUUCUCAGAGACAUGCCCGACCCGCUGCUGACCAGAGAGCUUUACACAGCCUUCAUCAACACAAUGUUGUUGGACUAUUCAGACCAAGAGAGCGCCAUCCAGCUCCUGAUAUUUCUGCUUCCUCCCUGUAAUAGCGACACACUGCAGUGCCUCCUCCACUUCCUGGCCACUGUGGCUGCACAUGCUGAGGACAGCAUUGACGAGGAGGGACGGGAGGUGACAGGAAACAAGAUGACCUCACUCAAUCUAGCUACUAUCUUUGGACCCAACCUUUUGCACAAGCUAAAGAACUCAGACAAAGAGUUUGUGGUCCAGAGUUUUGCCCGUGCAGAGGAGAGUACAGCCAUUAUCAGUGUGGUCCAAUGGAUGAUCAACGCAUAUGAUACACUCUUUAUGGUUCCCGCUGAUCUACAGAAUGAGGUUCUGAUGAGUUUGCUAGAGACUGAUCCCGAUGUUGUAGAUUACUUACUGCGGAGGAAGGCCUCUCAGUACUCAAGCCCCAGCCUUCGGAGAUCAGAGGAGUCCUUUUCUCCUGCAGAGAGACAUUUAUCCAGUGACUCCAACAAAGCAUCUAGUGGAGAGGUGUCUCCCUAUGACAACAACUCCCCUGUCCUGUCAGAUCAACUGCUGCGUAAGUGCCAAGAGGCUCCAGCUGGACAUUUCUGGGAAGCCUGGCAUGCAAUGCUGAGCAAAGACUCAGCCGACCAUCAGAUCACUGGUUCCCAUGGGGAUGUGUCGGAAUGCGAGUCCUAUGGAUCGUCAGAGGGCCUCAACAGUCACCAAGGUAACAACAAGCUGCCUGUCAGACGAACGCAGACCUCAUUGGGUUUGCCGGAGCGCAGGCCACACCUCCCCGUGACUCGCAGCAGCAGUGGUCCUCAUGACCAGAGAGGACAGAGACAGCAGGAAUCAUCAUUACAUCAGGGGCUAAGCGGCCAAUCAGCAGCCAUGAGCUCAGAGGACUUAGCAGGAAGGACAAGACACCCUGCCUGUCUCACCAUCAAGGGCAGGGCAGGUGGUUGGGCUCCCCUUAAGUACUCUGGACCUCUUAGAGAAACCCAUAUUUCUCACUCCACACCCUCCCUCUCCAUGUAUCAUCCUGGAGGUCUCAACACACAAGCCCCACUACAGUCACCACAGGGCAGCAGCCAGACCCCCCAGAGUGUGGAUCCAGGGUCUGCCUCUAAUCUCGAGGAAGGAAAGACCCCCAACACUCCAGACAUGCAGAGCGAGAGGUGGCAUAUAUGGCAAAUACUGUCAACGGAUAAUCCAGACGCCCUGCCGGAAACCUUAGUGUGAUGCACUCUGGACUUCAUUAAACUACUCCUAAGCUAGAUAAAGAGCAGGGACGUCUCCUUUCAAGUCACCAGUCACUGUACUGCUACUGUCUGACUGUUUGUGUACUGCCCAAUGUACUGUACUCCAGAAAGUGUCUUUUAAAUGUAUCACAGUAACGUUGACUACAUAUACAUAGUAGAAACUGAAAAAUAGUUUGGUAGUAAUUGCAUUAUGUAAUUUUAUACCUUGACCUUUUUAUACUGCACUUUUAUUGUUUUAAAUAAAUACAUACAGAAAUGA